AUGAGCAACGAAGCAAAAGGCAAAACGAAGAUCGACGGUGGUAAAGUCAGUGGAGGAUUUAGGUCAAAAUUGAAUCACGCCCUCUACAGCGGCGAAAAGAAGCACGUUUUCGCUGGCUUAGUUCUCAUCACCGCCGUCUUUUCUGUACCAUGGUUUCUCAUGAACAGAGGAUCAAAACAUCAGUCUCAUCAAGAUUACUUGGAAAAAGCUGAUAAAGCAAGGAGCCAAAGACUCUCAUCCAGCCCUGCGUCUGCCAAAUAG